CAACAAGAGACUUAUAUCACACUUGGUCCAAGCCUUGUUGAUCUUAUCUCAACCCUCUCUCUCUUCUCUCUCUCCCCCACUCUCUCUCUCAUGCCUUUGAUAGAGAACAUAUAACAAGCUUUGUUAAGAACUAUAAUCAACCAUUUGGCAAUAUUGGUGUCUUGGAUAAAGCUUUGGACGGUCUUGAUGGUGCAAAAAACUGGUUCAGAUGGUAGCAACGGCGGUGCAGGGGUUGUUAUCCUAGGCCGUGAAGCAGCAGAUCAGGGUGCGGGUCACCGUGACUGCGCUGUUGUCGAAGUUUCUAAGGUGGAGAAUACCGCUGGCAAUAAGCUUCCUACCAACCGUGACAAUGGUGAUCAGAAAACGAGAAACACAGUGGGUGGGCAAGCGCCUAUUGCAAUGGGAGAGGUUAAUGGUGCUGAAUAUAUCUCAGUUGGAGAAGGACAUUCCCCUAGUAGAGGUAGUAAUGUCAACAAAGUCUCACUUCUGCCCCUGGUUUUCCUCAUAUUCUAUGAGGUGUCCGGAGGCCCCUUCGGUGUCGAGGACAGCGUCGGGGCGGCCGGUCCGCUCCUAGCUCUUGCUGGGUUUUUAGUGUUCCCAAUAAUAUGGAGCGUUCCAGAGGCUCUGAUUACUGCAGAGAUGGGCACCAUGUUCCCUGAGAAUGGUGGUUAUGUGGUUUGGGUAUCCUCUGCUUUGGGACCCUUUUGGGGGUUUCAGCAAGGUUGGAUGAAAUGGUUGAGUGGUGUUAUCGAUAAUGCUCUGUACCCAGUGCUGUUUCUGGACUAUUUGAAGGCGGCAUUCCCGGUUUUAGGUGGCGGUUUACCGAGAAUUGUAGCGGUGUUAGUUUUGACAAUGGUCCUUACUUACAUGAACUAUAGGGGUUUAACCAUAGUGGGAUGGGUAGCUGUUGUCUUAGGGAUUUUUUCCAUCCUUCCUUUUGUGGUCAUGGGACUCGUGGCAAUCCCCAAGGUUGAGCCUUCAAGAUGGUUAGAGGUAGAUCUUCACAAUGUGGAUUGGAACUUGUAUCUGAACACAUUAUUUUGGAAUCUGAACUAUUGGGAUUCGAUAAGUACACUUGCCGGAGAAGUAGAUAACCCGAAGAAAACGCUGCCAAAGUCUUUGUUUUUCGCUUUGAUCUUGGUGGUUGUAGCCUACUUCUUUCCCCUCUUAAUGGGUACUGGGGCUGUUCCGCUCAAUCGAGAAUUGUGGACUGAUGGGUACUUCUCGGAUAUUGCUAAAAUCCUUGGGGGAGUUUGGUUGAGAUGGUGGAUACAAGGUGCUGCGGCAAUGUCAAAUAUGGGGAUGUUUGUGGCUGAAAUGAGCAGCGACUCUUUUCAACUUCUUGGGAUGGCAGAACGAGGGAUGCUGCCCGAGUUCUUUGCUUGGCGUUCUCGUCAUGGAACCCCGCUGGUCGGCAUUCUGUUCUCAGCUUCUGGCGUUCUUUUGCUGUCUUGGCUGAGCUUUCAAGAGAUUGUAGCUGCUGAAAACUUCUUGUACUGCUUUGGAAUGAUUUUGGAGUUCAUAGCAUUUGUAUGGUUAAGGGUAAAACACCCGAAUGCAGCUCGGCCUUACAAGAUACCCGUUGGAACUGUUGGGGCCCUUCUCAUGUGUAUUCCGCCAACCAUUUUGAUUUGUGUUGUCUUGGCUCUUUCUUCACUCAAGGUCUUUGUUAUCAGUAUUGCUGCUAUAACAAUCGGCUUUAUGAUCAAUCCUUUGCUCAAACAUGUUGAGAAAAAGGGAUGGAUGAAGUUCUCCACCAGCACCGACCUCCCAGAUCUUAAUGCUGCUCCUCAGGACAGGGACUCCUUAAUAGAGGAGCCAGUCCUUCGAACGUGAAAACACAAUAUCCCCAAAUAUGUCUCACUUGCCCCAGGCAGAAAUCUUGGGCUGCUUUGCUUUUUGUGAUCAAGUUAGUAUCCAUGGUAAACUAGAUUGAGUGAGCUAGUAGGAUAAAGCUGUUUGUCAUCCUAGCUUUUUACAUUGAUGAUAAAUGGACAUAUUUGGAAAUUGCACCAUUGAUCACAUCACCAAUUAUGUGAGCUUGGUUUCUGUAGAUUUUGAUGCUGUGCCUUGUAUCAAUUAUGUAUAUCAGACUGCAUUUUAGUUGAAAUAACCUUGUUUUAUACUCUUGGUGAAAACUGAAAAGCUUAGCUUUGGAUUUUAAUUGUACAUUUCCAAAAGUGUUUCUAUAGUUCAACAAACAUAUAUGAAUAGAUGUCACUAACGGAUGCCAAAAUGUUAUAUUUAC